CAGUUUGGGAAAUGUGCCGCCUGUGAAUGGCCGCACCAUGAACAUUUGGGAAGCGACCCUGGCUUUCUUGGUUGUGGUCUUGAUCCUCGUGUCACUGCUGUCCAAUGUGCUGGUGCUGAUCUGCUUCUUGUACAGCGCGGACAUCCGCAAGCAGGUCCCCGGAUUGUUCAUCCUCAACCUGACAUUCUCCAACCUGUUGAUGACUGUUCUGAACAUGCCCCUCACCCUGGCCGGGAUCAUUUACAAGAAGCAACCCGGAGGGGAUCAGCUUUGCCACGUCGUGGGAUUCCUGGAGACUUUCUUGACCACUAACUCCAUGCUCAGCAUGGCCGCGCUGAGCAUAGACAGAUGGAUCGCGGUGGUCUUCCCUCUAAGUUACCACUCCAAAAUGCGGUACAAGGAUGCUGCUCUGAUACUGAGCUACACGUGGUUACACGCCGUGUCCUUCCCAGUCGUGGCAGCGUCUCUCUCCUGGCUGGGUUUCCAUCCCCUCUAUGCCUCCUGCACCCUGUACAGCAAGAGACCGGAGGAGAGGACUCAGUUUGUGAUUUUCACUGGGGUCUUUCACACCCUCAGCUUCCUCCUCUCCCUCGUAGUGUUGUGCUUCACCUACCUAAAAGUGCUGAAGGUGGCACGGUUUCACUGUAAACGGAUUGACGUGAUUACCAUGCAGACCCUGGUGCUGCUGGUGGACAUCCAUCCCAGUGUACGAGAACGUUGUCUAGAAGAACAAAAGAGACGGAGACAACGAGCAACAAAGAAAAUUAGUACCUUUAUUGGUACUUUUAUACUUUGUUUUGCACCUUAUGUAAUUACAAGACUGGUAGAGUUAUCAUCUAUAGUCCCCAUCAGUUCCCACUGGGGAAUCAUUUCCAAGUGCUUGGCUUACAGCAAAGCUGUUUCAGACCCUUUUGUGUACUCUUUAUUACGACAUCAGUACAAGAAGACAUGGAAGGACAUAAUAAACAAGAUUCUUAAAAGAAGCUCCAUAAAUUCUUCAGCCCUCACAAGCGAAUCACACAAUCAGAAUAUAUUGCAGACUGAAUGAAUGAGGACGCUGGCACAGAAUCUCCAUGAAAGAUGGAAGAAUACAAAGGAGAGAGGGGAAAAUCACACACAGCUCUCAUUAGCAAUGGUUAUGAAAGUUAUGCGCUGAAGUUCACAGUCUAGCUUGUACCUCAUCAUCAGCCUAUCUAACAACUUUCAUAGUGAAGCUAGCAGCUUCACACGUCCUUCGGUUGACAUGAAGUGUUGUGAUUCAUACCUGACCUGCAGGCUCUUCAGACACAAAUAUCCCAUUGACUUCAAUGCAAUCUGAUGCAUCAAUAAAGGGUCAUGGCCUUAGCUGAAGGAGUCAAAGAAGUGGCAGGAGCAAAAAUGUUGCAGUGUCCAUUUUAAUGCUACUACAAAAAGCUGCAGUGUGUAUCCCCAGUUUGCACAAGUUGCCAGCUCUAUGUGAUACUUCGCCCCAACCCUCUUGCUAGAAUUACAUAAUCUAGCUGCUUGAAUAGAUCCCUAUGGAGUUUAAUAGAAAAUUAUCUGUUUACCUGAGUGGAUGUACCCUUAUUUGGCUCCUUUGCAGUAGGACCUGAGGACCGUUUUCUAUAUACCCUUUGGAUCUGUCCUGUAAUACUAAACAGAGAAUGAUGUCUUCUAUAGAGUGCUAGAGGACAUAUUUCCUUAUGAAAUCAUGUAGGUUCUCAGACUAAUUUCUAUAGAACCCUCUUGGUUUUCUUCCCAUACAAUUCUAGCAGAUUUUCUAUAGAAUAUAUGGGAAUAAGAGAUCUUGGUAUUUAUGUCCCUUUCUUCAACUCCCUUGUCUAGUUAUCUGAAUUGUAUAGGAAAUGAUUUUACCCAAUAAGGGUAUGUCUAGACCACAUGACUCUGUUGAUGGAGCCAUUUCACGAGGCAUACUGGGGUGGUCAACAAAGCCUUCCCUUGUCAACCAUGGCGCAUCCAGACUACUGCGCUGUGCUGCCAAACAGCUGAUCGGCACAGCGCAGCGGCCAUUUUGAUGUAAAUGAAGCGGCGAUUAUUUAAAUCACUGCUUCAUUUUCCUAUGUCUAGUAAACUCAUCUACAUGACUCCGUUGAUGGAGCUAUGUAGUCUAGACACAUCCCAUCUGACUGCAGGGCUGGACUGAUUUCCCAGAAAGUUUUCAAUGAGUAUCUUCAUUUUAUUCACCACACCUUUAUUAAUCCUGAAAAGCUUUACAUGGUUAUGGUUUUGAUGAUUAGUUUUUUAGGAGAAGUAAGAGGUGAUUUGAAGUAGAGCUAGGCCCAGUGGUGAACCCUGGGCCUAAACUUCAUGUUUCCAAAAUGGAUUGGCCAAAAAUCAAGUAUCCAAAUUCUCCUGAAUUUGUGGGUCAAAAUCUGGAUCAAGAUUUGAACUUCCCAAACUUGAAGAUAUUAAAUUUAGCUCCUUCUAGAAGUAAAUUCAAUCUGGAGACUUCAAUCUGAACUCCACUUUGAAGCUAAUCCCAUCUCUCCUUUAGAGGUAUGAUUUUCCCCCCUCUUUUAUUAGGGUACAUCUACACA